CUACGCGUCGUUGAUAGCCCAUCUUUAACGCGUUCGUCUGCGUCGUUAACGUGUCAGCAUGGGUAAGAUUGGAAAGGGUACAGGAUCGUUCGGCAAGCGUCAUAACAAGAGCCACACGCUGUGCAGGCGGUGUGGUCGACGCUCUUACCACAUCCAGAAGUCCACCUGCGGCGCGUGCGGUUACCCCUCCGCCCGCAAGCGCAACUACAACUGGUCCGUGAAGGCGAUCGGCCGCCGCACCACCGGCACCGGCCGCAUGAGGUACCUCAAGCACCUCCCCCGCCGCUUCAAGAACGGCUUCCGCGAGGGCACCCAGGCUGUGUCCAAGAAGCGUGCUGCCUCCGAGUAAAUCCGUGAUGCGGGUUUAGGGCGAUCGCGUGGUGGCUACUUCGCGUUAGCUUAGGGGUAGAUUGUUACACAAGGAACUCGUUCCAGUCAAGUGAAAAAAAA